AUGUUGUUUGUUUUUGCUUUGCUUAAUCGCCACGUGGAGAAGGUGAGGGUAGAGGAGUGCGUCAUGGUCACAAAUACGCAUUACGAGAACCGGAUGGAGCCGCUCUCGCUCCAUCGCCCUGCGGAUCGCCACGUCUGCGCACAGGGCGUUGCGUCACGAGAUAACAUAACACGGGACACGCGUUGGAGGCACUCCUCCUCUUCUGCAGCGUCUCUUAGCGUCGGUAGCGACCCCGCGCCGCCUGCCAGGACCCGGCAGGGGGUGAUUUCGGCUCCCCUGCUGUUGUCACAGCGUCAUUGCAUGGGUCGUGGGGGGGAUUGCGUCUUGGCAGAUCGUGGAGGUCAGCAUCAGCAACAAACUCACCUUCCGCCGUCGUGUUUUCCGUCAUGGCGGGGUGCCGGAAAGGCAGGACGCCGUGACUAUUUUUCUGUUCCGUGUUCCGACGACUCUCGUGGUGCGCUCAUGCAGUCAGCAUCCCGGCGAGAGGAGGUGCGAGAGCUGCAGCGUCUGUGGCGUGAGAUUAAGUUGCAACGGUUUUAG